AUGGGGCAUGGGUAUCAUAGGAAACUAAACUUUUCCGACCGUCUCCCGAAGUUGUUUAAGGACAAUCUGGCUCUUGGUAGACGGUUAGGGAGUGUUACUAUGUGUGGAGAAAACCGGGAAGGCUUUAUUCUUGCUGCAGCUGGUAUGAGUGCUGCCUGGAGGGCUCGCCGGAAGAAUGCACAAAUUUUUGUCCUAAGAUUCCGUAGUGGGGAGGCUAAGAUUUCUUUUGAGAUGGCCCUAAGUGGUCACUAUCAGGGUAAAAUUUGCUAUCGGGAGAUCGAUUUUGUAGAGGUUCUUUCUCAUCCUGUGUCUGAAAGACGCAUACGGGAGCUUGCUGGGCUGCUCUUGAUAAAAAGGGGAAAUAUGGGUUCCAGCAGGCAUGCGUCACCUUCUCAACGGACCAUUGUGGCUGUUUCCCUAGUUCGCUUUCCAAUUGUUGUUCAAUCUAGUUUUCCUAGAGAGGUGGUGGUGGUGCCAAGUUCUCCUGGGGCCACACCCUCUCAAUUCGCUGGUUCGUCCUUGGUUAAUCUUGGUCCCUGCUUUGUAGCUGGGGGUGCAUGGAGUUCUCCUGGGGUUUCUAUUCAACGUGAGAAUCCUUCCCUGAUCAAUGAAACAUGGACUUUAUCUCACUCCCCGUCUUUUGAAGCCUACACUCCUGGCUGGGUGAUUACUAGGGAUUCCUUGCUGUCAGAAGACACUACCACCAAGGAUUGGAGUUGGUGCGCUCAUCCUCUAGCCAAGAUAGGUUCGAUUGUGGUUCAAUUAAGUGUUGGCAUGGCUGGUGACCUUUUUACACCGCGGCCUAGACUUCUACCCUUAUCGUUGUUGUCGUCGAUAGGUUUAGCAGGUUGCGUCAAUUUCAUGUUGAGCAGAACAUCAUUGUGGCCUGCGAGAAAGCCGCUUUAG